GGUCUUAAUUAACCUUUAUGUGAAGAACUUAUUUUAAAAAUUGGUGAGUUGGUCAGAAUGGGUGUCAGUUCUGUUACUGAAAUGAGACGUCAUCUAAAGACCUUUCUUCAGACGGAAUUUAAUUCUAAUAACAUGCUGCAGAAGACAAACAAAUGAUUUUUCCUAAGUGAUAAGACCAUUGCAAAUCACAUGUUGAUAGCUAGACGAAAACUUCGCAAGUCCAUGAUAGAUCAAGAAUGUCUUUGGGAAAAAAUAAAUGAUUGGAAAAUUAAUUUUCAAGAUGCAAUGAUAAAAUUUAGACCAAAGGGAGGUAAUUCAGAAGAUAAUGAUCUUAAAAAUUUGUUGUUGUUUGUAUAUCAAGAUAUAUGGCAAAGAAGAUUACUAUUAAAAUAUGGGAAUGAGCUUGCUUUUCUUGAUGCUACAUACCGAACAACCAGAUAUGCACUACCUCUUUUUUUCCUCGUUGUUAAAACUAACAUUAAUUACCAAAUUGUUGCUAUAUUUGUGUGUGAACAUGAAACCACUGAAUCUAUUAAAGAAGCACUUAUGUGCAUCAAAGAAUGGAAUCCUUUAUUUCAACCAAAGUUUUUUAUUACUGAUUAUUCUAAUGAAGAAAUAAAUUCACUUGAAUCUGUGUUUUUAGGUUCUACAGUGUUUAUUUGUGAUUUUCAUCGAGAACAAACUUGGGAACGAUGGCUGUCUAAAACUGCUAAUGGAUGUUGCAUGGUGAAAGAUGUAGUUAAAGAUAAGCUUCGUGAAAUUGCACAAGCAAAAACAAUUGAGACUUGCCAAAAAGCUGUUGAGGCAUUGGAGGAAUCAAAAGAGUGGCAAAACAACCCAAAACUUGUAGAAUAUUUGAAAAGCACUUGGCUAUGCAUUCAAUACUUAUUAAUAUUAUUUAUCUAUACUUAUUAUUUGACUUAAUCUGUAACACUUUUUGAAUAUUAACCUGCUUUAUUUGAGUUAACCUAAAAUUAGAAAUUAUACUGGGUGAUCUUUAAAUAAUAUGAUUACUGGAUUUGUAUAUACCAAAACUCUAAUUUUAAAUAUAAUCGUUUUAUUUUUUUGCGAUUGAUUAAAUUUGACCUUUUUAUUAAUUUUAUUUAUCUUGUUUUAGUUAUUGUGAUGAAAAUAGAAGAGCACAUUCCUCAUAUAGAAAAUAUGAUGAUAAAGUUCCAGCAUAUUUGAUUGAUCAUCCACCAUCUUUAGUUAAACAUUGUAUGGCAUUGAUUGAUAAAUUUCAAGGUGUGGAUUUGCGGGGCAUAACUGCUUUGACAGACAAAUUAUACAAUGUAGCUUCUUUUAAUUCAAAUAGUAGAGAGAUUUACCAAUGCUACCUUGGUGAUUCUGAAUGUCUGCCAGCUUGUUCUUGUCCUAGUUGGUUUCGUCCCUCAUAUCCAUGUAAACACUUUCUUGCCAUUUUUCUAAAAGAGAAUCUCUCUUGGUCUGCAUUUGGCACUGCAUAUGCAAGUUCUCCUUAUUUCAAGCUGGAUUUGUUUUCAGAUGAAAAUAGUUUAGCUCAUUCCAAUAAGGUUUCAUUAUAUAAUAUUCAAUAUGAACAUGUUGAACCGCUACACAUAUCCUCUCUUUUUAAACAGAGUGACAAGGAAGUUCAAAAUUUUAAUUAUGUGCAUGUAAAUAGUAAUCAAGGUUUGAUUGCUAAAAACUACAGUAAUCAUACCUCUGCAAGCUGUCGUGAGCUCUUAAAUGAAAUUAAACAAAUGAGUUACUUAUGUGACUCUCAACAAGCUAUUGAUAAUUUGUUUGAAGGGCUUUGUCAACUUAAAACACGUUUAGCAGAAAGUCUUCCAGUAGAACAAGGAAUUCUGCUGCGUCCAGAGAUUCAACCUGGUACUUGGAAUAAGUCACACACAAAUUCACCAAAACUUAGUCUUCUCCCUGUGCGACGUAAAAGAAAAAUGACUAAGCGUGUUGGUGUUAAAUAUGACAAAUAUAAAGCAGCUGCUGAUAUUAGUGUGAUGGCUGAAAAGGAAAGUUAUAGUUCUGAAAUUGUCACAAGUCACUUAAUUGAUGAAAACUAUGAAAUUUUUAUGGUUCCUAAUAAAUCAAUUGAUAUCAUGGAACAUUUAACUGAUGAUAGUAACAACUCUGUUGAUAUGACUGUAAAUGAAGAUGUUAAACAAGAUAGAAUAGUGCUGCAAAUUCAAAGUCUUAAAUCAUCUUUGAUUGGUCAUAAAGAACAAAAUGAUAUCAUAAAAGGACAUAUGCUUAAUGAUAACGUAAUUCACUUUUGUCAGCAACUUAUGGCAAUCCAGUUAAAUAUUGAUGUUGGACUGCAAGAUCCCAUUAAAGGACAAAUUUUAUCUUUUGAUAUCUAUACAAGUACUCCAUUUGUCCAAAUUCUUCAUGAUGGAAAUCUUCACUGGUUAUGUGUAACCACAUAUGACUGUACUGUACACUGUUAUGUGUAACCACAUAUGACUGUCCAGGUGUAACCACAUAUGACUGUACACUGGUUAUGUGUAACCACAUAUCCAGUGUCCAGGGGAGAUAUAUGUUUUUGACAGCCUUUUCCACGGUACAAUCAGCUUAGAGACAAAAAGGCAAAUUUGCAAUAUUUUGCAUUGUCAAGAAAAAAAUCUUGUUUUUAAAGUUUUGCCAGUUCAACAGCAAACAAAUGGUGUGGAUUGUGGUAUUUAUGCUAUUGCCUGGGCUCGUCAGAUUCUUGAAACAAAAAGUUUACCCACAACAAAUCUAAUGUUUGAGGAAAGUGAAAUUAGAAGUCAUCUCCUAAAAUGUAUAUCAAAUAACCAGAUAGAGAUAUUCCCAGCAACUAAAAAUCCUUUUUCCUUUAGAAGAUGUGCUGCUAAGACUUUUCGUGUUCCUUUGCAUUGCUCUUGUCGUAUGUUUUGGGUGCCUGAAGACGAAGACAUAUAUAACAGGCAAAUGGCACAAUGCUGUGCUUGUAGUAGAUGGUUUCAUCGUGAAUGCGAAAAAAUUCCACUAAGUGCCUAUGAGAAGGAAGAUGAAAUUUGGAACUGUAAUGAUUGCCACAACCAGUCAAAUAAAUAAUAAUAAAACAAUACUGUUAUACAGCACAGGUAUAUAAUUUUUAAUAUAACGGACUGUUAAUGUCGAACAGUCAUAAUUACUUGCGUAACAUCCAAAUAUACAAUA